AAGAAUGUUAGGUUAGCGUAGCGGUUGAUUGUUGUUUUCAGUGUUUGUCAAUGUGGUAGAGAAUUGAAUGUUGAAAUCAAUUCUAUCCACUUAUUAUAAAUGAUAAUAGCUUUUUAGUCCUCAGUGAAUUUCGAUUUAGUUGACGAGCUCAAUAAUAAUAAAAGCUAUUAAUUACGUGAUAGUGGAAAUACCGGGAAAUACCUACCCAAAUGACAGAACUCAGGAUUUGUCUUCCUGGUCAAAGGCUAUGCCUUAGUGACAAAGUAUAUACCUCUGGACAAGGCACUUACGAGAGACAGGGAUACAUUUAUUCUCAACUCACUGGUUGUCUGGAUAUUGUUGAGAAAGAUAAUGUUAAAGUUGUUGAGGUACACAGUAGUGGAGAGCAAACAGUAGUUCCUGGUCAAGGUGACAUUAUCACUGCACAAGUGUAUAUAAUAACACAACAAUAUGCUAAAUGCAACAUAAAAUGUGUUGGUGAUACUGUUUUGAGGAGGCCCUUUAGAGCAGUGCUUCGUAGGGAGGACGUUAGAGCUACAGAGAAAGAUAGGGUUGAGAUCUACAAAAGCUUUAGGCCUGGUGAUAUUAUUUUAGCUAGAGUGGCGGAAAGGUCCAUUACCGACUAA